CGCUGUUUGAGGCUGAGCCAAAAGGAUCUCUCUUCGGGGUCUGGAGACGUUACCCUUUCCGUCUCGAUCUCCAAACUCUGCUCACGAAUACAAUCCCUGUGAUGUGGCCUCACGGAAUGUAGUGAUUACCAUUCCUUGCGAUGUGGCGGAAAUACUGUGGUGAUCUCUGUUUGGUGCUAAUUGUUCUCACGUGGAGCCUGCCUAAUGGAUAUGCCCUGGAGGCCAUCGUGGACCCGGAUAGUAAAGACCUAAAGGAUCAAGUACUUGCCGUCGGAGGAUUGUUCGAGAGCGUAAAGAAUCAACUGGUCUUCCACGCCGCUGUUGACGUUGUGAAUUCUGACUCAAGCAUAAACCUCCUUCAGGACCUCGAACCUAUCACGGAGAUCGUGACUGAUGAUGACAGCUACGAAGCCAUCAGAGACGCAUGCCGCUUACUCGGCGUCGGGGUUGCAGCCGUUUUUGGACCUAUGUCAUCGGUGAGCAGUGAGCACGUGAGCUCCCUGUGCGACACACUGAACGUGACCCACUUGGAGACUCACUGGGACGCAUAUAUGGAAGACAACGAUGACUCCUUCAACUUGUAUCCCUCAUCUUCAGCCCUUGCAGAAGCACACACAGCGCUCAUGCGUUACUGGGGAUGGAAGAAUGUCGCCAUCGUUUACGAAGAGGACGACGAAAUCGUCCGAAUGAAAGACCUACUUCAAGAAAUGCGUGAAGAUGACAUCGAAGUGAGCUUCUUCCAUCGUAACGAGACCGAGUCCUACAGGGACAUCCUCAAUGCAAUCAGAGAGGAGGACAUCGAGAACAUAUUCGUUGCGAUCGAACAGGACGACAUCGAGGCUUUCUUGAGACAAGCAAUGCAAAUCAGCAUGUUGUCCAAUGAGUAUUCCUACCUGUUCAUGUCGCUGGACUUUCAUGCGGUUGACCUGGACGAUUUCAUCUACAGCAAAGCGAAUAUCACAGCUCUACGCAUCGUAGAUGUGGGCGACGAAGUCUUGGAGAGGUUCGAGAUGAAAAUUCAGGAACUGGAGGCUGCUAACCGACCCAAACCAAGUGGAGCGAGUCAAGGGCCUGACGAAAAUGAUGAAGAGGAAGAUUUCGAAGGCGACGAUGAUGACAAUGUGAAGUUUCCACCGAAAGUUCCGACAGACCAUGCGUUACUCUACGACGCAGUCAAGUUGCUCGCUCUCAGUUGGAAAGAGCUGACUGGAGGAGAAGCUAUUCCUGCGCAAGCAGUGCAAUGCAAAAAUCCAGAUACAUCACAAACGCACGACAACAAUGCGGGUCGCAUAAAGAGCAUUAUGAAAAAGAUUAAAUUCGACGGACUAACGGGAACAGUCGACUUCGACGACAAAGGGUUCCGAACCGGUGUUGAAUUUGCCAUCACAGAACUGGGAGCUGACGGACUGGAGACAAUUGGUACAUGGUCGUCAAGAACAGGAUUAAACGUGACAGCGGAUGAAGAUGAUGCAGGCAAGAAACGGGAGAAGCUACGCGUCGUCGCCGUCACCAGCGCACCGUUCUUGAUGAUCGAAGAAGAGGAUGGCGUCAAGAAAUUCACAGGCUUUUUUGUGGACUUCCUGGAAGAGCUGGAGUCUCGACUAAACAUAGAAUAUGAAAUUCACAUUGCUGAAAAUGGCACGUACGGCGUAAUGGACCAGGAAGGAAAAUGGAAUGGGAUGAUUGGAGAACUGAUGGACGGGAAAGCUGAUCUGGCCGUGGGUGACAUAACCGUAACCGAAGCACGUGAACGUGCUGUCGACUUCACUUUGCCUUACAUGACGACCGGAUUGGCGGUCCUUACGAAAGACAGUGAAUCGUCCAAGCCAGGCGGCCUCUGGUCAUUCUUUCUGCCACUAACACGAGAGGUGUGGGUGUACCUAAUCUUAGCUAUGGCUUCCACCACCUUCGUCAUGUACAUCAGCGCCCGGCUCAGUUUUAAGGAGUGGGGCCUCGUGGAGAACCACAAGGGCGAAGACACCAUGGAGAACAGGUUCAACCUGUACAACUCGUUUCUUUUUGUGCUCACCACAUUGGUUCAUCAGCGGAUGAACCUCGAUCCCAGCGCUAUGGCUACACGGGCUCUCGCUGCUUUCUGGUACUUCUUCACGUUCAUCAUAUUGGCCAUCGUCGUGAGCAAUCUGUGCGAAACCAUCCUGUGGGAAGAUGAUGGUGUCGACUACAACACAGUGCAAGACGUACUCAAGGCUAGAGGAUUUUCCUAUAUCGCCGUAAGAUCUGGAAGCACCAGAAAGUUCCUACAGGAGUCAAAGGUCCCUCUACAUCAGAAGCUCUCUGCUCUGGUAGAGCGAAACGCGCAGAACUUGCCGACGAGUGUGGCUGAAGGCUUGGACCGCGUUCGAGAAGGGCACGUCGCCUUCGUCAUGGAGCAAGCAAGUGCACUGUAUGCCACCCACCAGGACUGCAAUUUCACGCGCACGGACCCAUUCGUCUAUCACUCUGCUUAUGCAGUUGCCACUCCGAGAGGCUCACCCUACCGCACACUCAUAUCGAGCGAGAUACUGAAGAUGCAAGACACUGGAAAGCUUCACUGGAUGCAGCACCGCUGGUGGAACCCAAAGAGACAUUGUGGUCAUAGAGAUGGCGACGACGAUGGAGAUGACGAUGACGAUGGCGAAGACGACAACAGCUGGGAAGGCAAAGUGGAGAUACGCCCUCUCAAUGGCGACGACAUGGCGGGGGCCUUUGCUUUCCUCUACAUUGGUCUCAUCGUUGCCUCCUUAUUGGCGGUUGGAGAACUCUUCUACGUCUUUAGCACGAGGGCGAAAAGGGAGACGCAUCUCAACUCCAUCGCUGUGUCCGAUCACAUUAAACAGGCUGGGUUCGUCUGGAAGCGGUCCAUGGACCUCAGCGACAUGCGCAUGUAAAAUGGUCAUAGCGAGCUGUAAUAUUUAAUUUACUACAAUAAAAUUAAUAUAUCGUGAUCUGUAA